UAAGAGACGCCCGGAGUACGCACAGCAUCGUGCUCGUCGACUAGAUCCUCCCGGAGACCAACAUGAAGGCUGCUAUCCUUCUCGCUGCUCUAAGCCUUGUCGCCGCGCUCCCCAGGGUGCGUCGCGAGGCGUACGAGCUCCCCAACGGCGUGGAACUGCUGCUGGGCCGCCAGGUGCAGACGAGCUUCCAGUGCGAGCGCGACGGCUACUUCGCCGACGUGGACAACGACUGCAAGGUCUUCCACGUGUGCCGCGGCGUACAGGACAAGGACGGCCAGACCAAGUACUCGCAGUACACGUUCGCCUGCGGCAACCAGACCAUGUUCAACCAGGCCUCGUUCACGUGCGCCUUCGCGGACGAGGCCGUGCCGUGCUCCAGCGCCCGAGACUUCUUCUACCUGAACGACCACCUGUUCCAGAGCAAGGACAUACCCAUCCUGGACGACCAGGACACCGGCCGGGCAUCCAGCUUCUACACGGCUUCCCGGGCUGCCUAGGGCCUUUCUGCCAACCGCUUCCUAGCAAUCUGCAAAUCAUUUCUUAGGAAUUCUGCAGUGCGAAUAAAUGUCCGCGAAAUGCAUUGCA